CUUAUUAUUCAGCAACUUCAACAACAAAAUCUACUUUUUCAACGUCAACAACACCAAAUGCAGCAAUCCCAACAACAACACCGUCACAGCCCCCGGCUACAUCAUCCAUUCCAACACCAACCAAAUCCUCCCCAAAUUGACAAUCAUCAACAACAACUUUGGUUUAAUUUACUUUCUGCUAUAGCUCUAGGACAUUCAAAUGGUCUGCCAACAGCUUCUACUAGUGAUUUAUCUCAACAACAACAAACAAUUGGAGGAACGGAUAUACGUUCUUUUGCUGCUGAGAAAAAGUUAGAACGCGAUUCUGAUGGAAAUGCCUUAUGCCCUGCAUGUCACGAAAAGAUUGGAAAAGAUUCUGCUCAAUGGGCAAAACAUUUAGACAUGGAAAGGGGAAAAUUACAAAAAGCUAUUCAAUGUUUACGCGAAAGAACGGCAAAAACAAAAAUGUCAGAAACUGAAAAGAUUGAAGAUAUUAAUUUUCAACCAAAUUUGUUUAGAAAAACAAGUAAUGGAAGUUGUAGUGGACGUGAAGCUCUUUUAGAUAGAGUUCGUUGUAAUCAGCGCAGACGGAUGGAAGGUGUUUAUUUUUAAUAUUUAUUGUCCAGAUUAGUCAAGAAUAUAUA